AUGGCCCAACUAAAGAGAUCAGCAGAGGAGAUCAAAAAGAUCAAGUUUAUAAAAAGACAUAAGAGUCAAGUAAAGAACCCACUUGACCCUAAGGAUGGUGUUUCAAACUGUAUUCUAAAGGUUCCUGUUGCUCUAUACGUCUCAUUGGCACCAAUGUACUUGAAGGAGCCAACCAAUGGUAUCAUGAAGCAACACCUGGAUCCAAUGAUUAUGAAAUACAAUAGCAAAGUUGGCGGAGUUGUGCUAGGCUAUGACAACUUGGAGAUAAUUGAUGCUGAUCCGUUGAAUCCAAGCGAUGCUGAGGAAAAGCUAAUCAAGAUCACACCUGACACUCCUUUUGGCUACACUUGGUGUCACACAGAUUUAUACAUUUGGAAACCACAGGUGGGAGACAUCCUUGAAGGACACAUAUUUAUCCAGUCUGCAUCUCACAUUGGUAUUCUAAUCCAUGACGCAUUCAACGCUAGCAUAAAAAAGAACAAUAUACCCAACGAUUGGUCGUUUAUACAUAAUGAGGAUGAAGAACAGGAAGAACAACAAGAUGAUGAAAAUAACAAAAAUAACUACAACAAUCGUUCUAUUGGUCACUGGGUUAACGCCAAUGGAGAAACUAUUGAUGGCAAGAUCAAAUUCAGAGUGAGAAGUGUCUACACAACUGGUAGAGUUAUAUCUGUGGAUGGUACUCUUCUAGAUGAUCCAUCUAUUUGGGGCCAAGGCCAAUCUCGUUCACCAGCUGAAAAACUCCCAGUAGUAUCAAACAAAAAGAUAAUAUUUGAUGAUGAAGUUUCUGCUGAGAACAAAGAAACCCACCAGGAGUUGGAAAUACCUGAACCGAAUGAAAAUAAGGAAGGAGAAAUCCUUUAUGAGGAGAACUCAUCCGAAAGCUCAAGUGACGACUCCAGUGAUAGUGAAUGA